AUGACCGAGAACCUGAUGAAAACAAAUCAGGAUAUGAUGCAGGCCUUCAUGACUGAGAUGAGGGCUGAGAGAGCUCAUCAUAAGAGGGAUGAUUCUCCUCCUCACACGGCUACGGGGGAGAGUGGGGCUGGUCAUCAUACUGGUGAGGCUAGUCAGCCCACUGUGGAUCCUACCUAUGUUGCUCAAACUUCUGGAGCGGCUGAGCAUUUUGAAGCAGGUCAUGCUAAUGAGAGGAGAUUGAUUGCUUUCAGGAAACAUAAACCUCCUGUUUUUCUGGGUUCAAAGGACCCAAAGGUUGUUACGACCUGGCUAAUGUGGAUGGAUAAGAUCUUUCAGGUGAUAAGGUACCAGGAUCCUCAGAAGCUUAUGUAUUCAGUUGAUAUGCUGGAGGGUGAUGCCCAUGAGUGGUGGUGCAAUGUAUCUCGCCCUUUUAUUAUUCAGGGAGAAGAGCUUACUUGGGCCUUGUUUCAGGGCUUAUUUCACGAGGAGUAUUUUCCCAGGGAUGUCCGGGAAGCUAAACAGGGGGAGUUUGAUAAAUUGGUACAGGGUUCGUUGAAUGUUGAUGCUUAUUUGGCCAAGUUUAAUGAAUUGGUCAAGUUUGCUAAUUAUGGGGGUACACUGCCUACUCCACAAAAUUUAUCUUCGAAAUUUCAAAGGGGACUGAGUGAAAAGAUUGCUAAACGUGUGUCGAAUACGGCUGUAAGGAAUUUUGCCGACUUGGUGACCGAGUGCAAAAGGGCUGAGACUGUUUAUGGCAGAUAUCCUAAGUCUAACUCUGCUAAGGAUCAAGAAGUUAAGAGGACGGCUGGUCCUUCAGGCUCUAAUUACAGGGAUGGUCACCAUCAUAAUAAUAACGGAGGUAGGGUUGGACAUUAUACCCGAGAGUGUUAUAGCAAUACUGGGCAGGCUUCGAAUCUACAGGCCUUGCCAUCUGUUCCUAAUGUGGGACGUGUUUAUACUACCAAUGUGCAGCAGACAGAAAAAGCACUGAAUUUGGUUAAAGUUGAUUGCUGCGAAAAGAGGUUGAUAUUAUCUCCUGAGAAGCUCGCUGUUUGUCCGUCUCCUUAUCUGUCUGUCUGUCAAACUGUUAAGGCCUUGAAGGCUGGUGAUCUGGGUUAUGUACUAUUGGGUGGACUUGUUGGCGAUAAAGAAGAGGAAAUUUCAAAUAUUUCGAUGAUUAAUGAAUUUGCUGAUGUAUUUCAUGAUGAGAUACCAGAAUUUCCACCUGAGAGGGAGAUUGAGUUCUCCAUAUACUUGUUGCCUGGUGUGGGGCCCAUCUCUUUGGCUCCAUACCAGAUGUCUCCAGUUGAAUUCGCUGAGUUGAGGAAGCAUAUUGAGGAGCUAUCUGCAAAGAAUAUUAUCAGACCGAGUGUGUCUCCAUGGGGAGAACCUGUACUAUUUGUGAAAAAGAAGGAUGGUAGCAUGAGAUUGUGUACUGAUUACCGACAGUUGAAUAAGAUCCUGAUUAAGCCGGAGAAUGUGCCUAAGACGGCGUUUCGAUCCAAAUACGGACAUUUUGAAUACCAGGUGAUUCCUUUUAGGCUUACUAAUGCCUCGGCGGUGUUCAUGGACUAUAUGCAUUGCGUUUUUAAACUAUAUCGAGAUCAGUUUGUUAUUGUGUUCAUUGAUGAUAUUUUAAUCUAUUCCAAGAGUAAAGAUGAGCAUAUGGAUCAUCUGAGGACUGUGUUGCCGGUUUUGAAAGAUAAGAAGCUAUAUGCUAAGCCAUCUAGAUGUGAAUUCUGGCUAUCUGAGGUGCAAUUUCUGGGUCAUGUGCUUUCUUCUAGUGGUGGUGUUGUGGAUCCGAGUAAGAUUAAAGCGGUAAAUGACUGGGAGCGACCUAAGACUUUGACUGAGAUCAAGAGCUUUAUGGGUCUUGCUGGUUAUUAUCAUAGGUUUAUACAUGGGUUUUUAGCUAUGUUUGAAUACCUACAAUCGAAUGAUCUUCAACCUGAAUUGGAAAAAUGA